AUGAGCGGAGCACUGCUACCAGCCUUCAUAGUGGACUUGCGUUUACCACACCUUUGCACUGAAUUCAGCAAGCACCGAAGACCGAACACGUUGCACAGGCAGCACGCGGGAUGCCGCCCUUGCUGGCGACACGUCCAGACGGUGCGGCUCCGCAGGACACUGCGUGCGGAAACAAAGCCACCCUCACCGCCGAACCACGAUGAAAGUAAUAUGAUAUUGAAGCGACCACCCCAUCCUCCGAUUUCUUUCUAUGUCGCACUGCUUGAACGGGCCUACCGACGGCCAGACCCCUGCUUUUCUCAGCUCUUCGAGGAUAACGUCUUUCUGGACAAACUUGUUGAGUACGUUGCCAAAGAGAAUGCAAGUGGUGACCCAAAGAGGCGUAUCGAACCGAUGGAUGAUGCCGAGGUAGACCGUAUUCUCUCCGAAUGGGACGCAUAUCACAAGGCCGCAGCCGCGAAGCUGGAGCGCAUCAUGGAAACCGCUUCGAAAGGCGUCAAAUUCAUUCGAGAAGACGUCGACUACUCGAUCCCGCCGGACAAGUUCCUGGAACAGCACCCCGAACUGAAACACGACAUGUACUGGCCAGCGGGGGAUCGACCGGGCUACGAGUUCGCGGUGAACCAGCCGCGGCAGCCGUUCCCGCCCAUAGAGUUUGACCCCGACUACAUUCUUGAGCGUGACGCGUUCUUCCAAGCGCUGCCUCGGGAGCUGUCGGAGGCGAUCCUGGAGGAACUGGGACGGCGCAUUGGACCCACGCGCAAGUGGGCCUACAACGAUACGAGCGGCCUGCGCUUCUUCCAAACCAUUUAUUUCACUGAUCCGAUUUUCACAGAUGACUACGUACCAUGGCAGGGAACCGGCCCCGAGUUCGAUCACGUGCAAGAGUUUCCCGACAUGACCUGGGAAACCCAGCAGAAGCUCAGUGGGAACCGCGUACUCGAUGCGGAGCGAGAGCGAGCGACUUGCGCAUUUGUUCGUCGAUUCUACGACGAUUUCGGGGUCUCGGUGUCGAAGCAGGCAUCACUUCUGAACGCUUCCGUGGCCUGGUUCUUCGAGGCGUUGCGUAUUGCUCGACCCCGACCCGGGGAUGUUUUCGUGCACUGGGAUUGCGGCGACGGGCGCUGGGUGCUUGCGGCGAUUACUGCGUUCGAUUUCGGCUGCGGACGGGGUAUCGUGGUGAUGCCCGACGGUCUCGAGGAAUCCAGCGAGGCCCAGGAGCGACUCGAUGCAAUCCAGAGAAUCAUGCAACAGGUCGAGGAUGCUACGUUUGCUGCGGCACGCGCCAAAGCCGCAGCGGACGAGGCUGCCUGGCGAGCCGCCUACAAUAUGGUGGACGAACCCUAUGACCCAAUGAAUGAUGAGAUUCGUGAGGCACGCAAAAUCGCCGCCAAACCAGAUGAAUCCAUCAAAUUCACAUCGGUCAUGAUUGAAACGAACGGGAAAAUGCUCUGGGACGCAGACGUACUACUUUGCCCGCGUAUCGGCAUGCUCGAUCUCGCCCGCGUCAAAGUCGGGUGCCGCAUCAUAUCCAUGGAUGAACCGGCAGCAGCGGGACUGGAUCGUCGCGAACUGCGAUUCCUGGGGCCGCACGUCUAUGAGCGUGUUUGGGAGCCUUGGAUGGAGGCGACCGCACCAUCAUCAGCGACCUGA